AUGCCUCACUUCUCUUUCUCAAAGCAAAAGACCAGUGACUUGUCUUCCCUUCUCUUCCAUUUCUGCUUCUCCAUAUUCUCUCACCCUCUCUACUUCUCUUACUUCAUCUUCUUCUCUCCCUACAUUCUCAAGCUCGUCUCCUUCCUCUCUCCUCUCUUCAUCACCACCACCCUCCUCCUCCUUACCCUUUUCACUGUUUCUCCUAAUUUCCUCGUAUUAGACGUUAAUGACUCUGAAUCUGAAUUCUCUGACUCCAAAUUGGGUUUUCUUGCUUCUAAUUUCCAGACUCUCAUUCUGUGGCUCCAGUCUAAAAGUACUCAGAAAAAUGAGGAAUCUGGGUAUCUUGAGGAGUUUGAAGCUUACUUGGUCAUGUUUCAAGCCUCCAUUUUUCAAGCUCUGGAGGCAAAGCCAGAGGAAAAUGGCUCACAAUGCCUUCAAGCUGAUCCAGUUGAGAAUAAUGUGUCUGUUGCAGAAGUAAAAAGCCUCGUGAGUUUGUUUCAAGAAAGUGAGGAACUUGAAGAUUUGGGUCAUCAGAAAGAAGAAAAAGGAAGUGGAGAAAUGAAGGUCCUGGAGAGUUUGUUUGGAGAAGAUGAAGAGUUUGAAGAUUUGGUUCAUCAAAAGGAAGCAAAGUUAGCAGACUCAGAAGAAGAGACCAAAGCAAAAGUAGGUCCGCAGAGAAGUGAAUUCAAAGUGAUGGAGAGUGACACAAAUUGA